AUGCGCAAAACUUGCUCCCGACCACCACCGUCAAGUAUACUGUGGGCAGCAUCUCCGAUGGGUUUCUCUCUCAGAUACUUGUUUCUUCUUCUUCUUCUUCCUACAGCUCUCGGAGACGGUGUUAAUUGGAUAGAUCCCCACUACGCAGUAACAUACCCAUAUCAUCCUAGACCGGAUCUGGCUACCUCUGCGCGCGCCAUCAUUUCUCGAGGCCGGGCUUCAGCAAAGGCGGGUCCAUUCACUAUCACGAAAGGAGACAUCACCGCGCCGAGUGGCACAAAGCACGACUACCUGAGUUGGGCACCUUACCACUGGCCAAAUUGUGGAUGGUGUAAAACCCGGGAUUCUACAAAUCAACGUGCGGAAGACUUGGGAGACGAGACCAUCGAAGCCUCUCCGGACCAAUCCAGCGAAAUAGACAGCACCACACCAACCACAAAAGAAAAUACGCCAAAUGAAUUCUUCAUACCAUCUUCAACCCUGGCGACCACGGCCGUUCCCUCGUUGCCUCACGUUUCACCACCAGAGCCCCUUAAUGUGGAGGAUAGUGAACUCAAUGCUGAUGGACGGAGACCAUCUAGGACACAGAGUGCAUCGUGUGCACCUUCUCCAACAACCAGUAUGGCACCUAGCUCGACAUGGACGACUUGUCCCUAUGUGGCGAGAGACGGGAAAGUAAACCCCGACAGGAAUCAGCUUCAUGGCUUGUCGCAGCUCAACUCGUUCGCUCAAGCCACCAUUGACAAUACCCUUGCCUUUUUGCUUGACCACGAUCAGAAUCUGGCGAGCAAGGCCGCUCAGUUCAUCGACGUCUUCUUCUUACAGUCUAGCACAGCUAUGAAUCCGAGAUUGGAUUGGGGACAAACCGUUCGUGGCCCAUCUCAGCAUGGCAGCUAUAUGGGCAUUCUCGACUUUCGCGUUCUAAUCAAAGUAGUCAACGCCAUACAAAUACUGCGGCUGUCGCGCUCGCCCUACUGGAGCAAAGACAGGGAUGCUAGAAUGAUUACCUGGGCACAAUCAUAUCUUGAUUGGCUCGACUCUAGUGAGUUGGGCAAACGUCCGAAGAGGUCGGCAAACAACCAUUCCACGUUCUAUUACGGUCAAGUUGCUGCCCUUCGGAUCCUAACUCUCGACGAGAUCGGCGCUCUGAACGCAGUGCAGACCUAUUUUGGAGGCCCGUUCCAAGAACAAAUCGUGUCAAGUGGAGAACAGCCGUUUGAAUCCACGCGCGUAAAGCCGUUUCAUUAUAGGGUAUUCAACCUUGAAGCAAUGGUUACGGUCGCAAAACUCGGUUCCUAUCUGGGGGUGGAUAGAUGGCAUACGCAGACGCGCUACAAGGCGACAAUCAAGACGGCAAUCGACUAUCUUGUCACUCUGGAUCCUGGUCAAGAAGAAAAGGCGGCUGCCAUGCCUUUGGUUGCAUGCGCUUUGAGUGUGUAUGGAGACGACAACAAGUCGACGUAUCGCAAAUAUCUCGAAUCUUUCGGAACACGAUCAUCAGAGGACGGAAAGUCGAGAACGUUUACCUACAAGACUAAAUCAUGGUGGUUCUAUGAACAGCCGGACGCAAUGAAAGGGCCGCAGCAUAGACGCCGGGAGGAGCAAUACGACGCUCUUUAUCAAAUCACUGGUCAAGAUGUCAUGAGUCCGUUUGUCUCCACACGAGGGAAGUCCAGUAUGCCGGGCGACGAAACUUUGCAACUUGCCUCAAGCGACCAGUCUGAUCAGACAGAGCCUACUGCACCCUCGCACAAUGCUGACUCGCCAAGGGAAGGCGCAGACGUAAUAGCCUUUCACCCCGACCGACCUGCGCCAUUCAUUUCCACCGACACCGUCGAGCUAGAGGAAGGAAUCUAUGUCUAUUGGAAUCAAAUCAGUUAUCUUUACGAGGGCUCCCAUGCACGUCGUUCCAGAUGGGCAAGAUGGUAA